AUGACUGAGAACAUUUUGAUAAGGCGAACUAGUGGCGAGAGUAAUGACACUGUUGAAGAACUGGUUGCCUCGGAUAAGAGCUAUCAAGCAGGAACGAAAGUAGGUCUCGUGAGCGGUGCUAAGAUAGUGGAUAUCCUGAAGAAGAACUCGGACAUGGACCUAGAGAAGUAUAGGAAGAUAUAUGUUGGUAUCCCGGUUUCCCAAUCCGUGAGCUUGACUGAAUCACAUGCGAGACGAGGUAUCUGGUGUAAGGAAAAGCUUGCCAACACAGAGGACCACAAGGGGCAUUCUGAUGGGCUUGUCAAAGCCUCAAAGAUUGGCCCGGGUGUCAUGACCCGGUUGAUGGCGCUCCGUGUCAUAAUCAGCUGGGUACACAUGUGUGGCCGGGACUCUCAAACGGAACGAUUACGACGAGGACUAAACCGACGGCAGCGCGAAUCAGUUAGAUGGCGAUGCUGAGCAAGAAACACUGGCAGGGGCGAAUCCACGCCAAGUUGCUGUGGUGAAACCCGCGCUCGAGAACGUGACUUCUUGUUAUCUUGAAACCUGUUAUGAGCAACAAUCUUCCGUGUAUAGCGGAAGUGGAUAAUGCCUUCUAUCUCUUCGAUUACCUUGAGAGCUUCCGCGGUGAGUUGGAGCCGCAUGCUCGGCACACAAAAUAAAGCCAGAAUGUUUACGCGACUUGGCGU